AUGGCCGACACCACACAACGGCAUCCCAACCUAAACCUCACCGCUGAGGAGAAGCGCGUCUUCUACCAGCUCUUUCAAGCUGCCGACACUACCAAUCUUGGUGUGAUCACUGGCGAGAUCGCUGUUCCCUUCUUUGAGAAGACGCACCUCCCUGGUGGUACCCUCGGAGAGAUCUGGCAGAUUGCGGAUAAAGAGAACAGGGGUCUUCUGACCCCCUCUGGCUUUGGAAUCGUUCUAAGAUUGAUCGGACAUGCUCAAGCUGGACGUACACCAUCUGACGAGCUAGCGCUCCAGCCUGGUCCCCUGCCCCGAUUCGAUGGAAUCUCAGUUGAUACAACGCCCGUGGCGCCGGAGCCAAGUACUGCGAGCCCCCCUCCAGGCGCGACAGGACCUAUCCGUGUCCCUCCAUUGCAGCCUGAUGACGUGAACAAAUUUGUUUCUCUUUUCGAAAAAUCGGAGGUAGUGAAUGGAAUUAUGUCUGGUGACAUUGCCAAACAAAUCUUCGAGCGCGCAAGACUGCCGAACGAGGUUCUAGGCCGGAUAUGGAAUCUUGCAGAUACGAAACAGCGCGGAGCCCUCGAUUCCACGGAAUUCGUGAUCGCAAUGCAUCUUUUGACGUCAUCCAAGUCUGGUGCUUUGCGUGGAAUCCCUCAGACUUUGCCUCCUGGUCUAUACGAUGCUGCGUCUCGCCGAGGCGCUGCCCGGUCUUCCUUUGGUGCUCGCCCUGAGGUCCCGCCUGUGCCUGCAAUUCCUAAGCAAUUUACCGGUCCACAGCGGACAACUAGUCCCAUGAGUCCCGUGAAUAGACCUCAAUUCGGAGGUCAAAUCUCAGCACAGACAACUGGAGGAGAUUGGCUUAUCACUCCACAGGAGAAGGUGCAUUUCGAUGGCAUUUUCGAGACCGUUGACACUGCCAGAGCUGGAAUCAUUUCUGGUGACCAGGCAGUUGCCUUUUUCAUGAAGGCACAACUCCCAGAAGAGGUCCUGGCCCAGAUUUGGGACCUCGCUGACAUUGAUGCUGACGGCCAGUUGACUCGUGAGGAGUUUGCUGUCGCUAUGUAUCUUGUCAGGCUACAGCGGACUGGGAAGGAUCCGAUACCCCAGGUCCUUCCCCCUGCUCUGAUCCCGCCAAACAUGCGCCGACAGGCUCCUGCACCAGCCCAAGUGCCCGCACCUGCACCACCAGCCCCUGCACCACCGGCUCCCUUGCCGCGAUCGGCUGCAGAUGAUCUAUUUGGCCUAGACUCACCACCUGCGCCUGCUCCUGCUCAACCUCAGAUGCCUCAGUCCACAGGUGGCUCUGCUGGGGCAUGGCAUACACCUGCCUCUCCAUCGUCAAGGGCUUCUCCUCCACCGACAUCCAACACAUUCAAGCCUUUUGUCCCGACAUCGUCCUUCGGCCAGACCCUGCAGCCCCAGGUCACAGGCGCGUCAUCUGGAGCACCGAGCGUUGUUCGCUCACCACCGCCUCCCGAUGAUCUCUUGGGUGAUAAUGACCCUGAGGAAACCAACAAACUGACACAGGAGACCACGGAACUUGCGAAUUUGUCCAACCAGAUUGGCUCCCUGUCUAAGGAGAUGCACAAUAUUCAAGAGAAGCGUACAUCUGCUGAGCAAAACAUCACUCAAACCUCGCAGCAGAAGCGCGAUUUCGAGGCACGGCUUGCACAGGCCCGUACUAUGUAUGAACAGGAAGUAGCGAACUUCAAAGCGUUAGAAGACCGGUUGAAGGCCUCCAAGGCCGAAACUGCUAAGUUGCAGCAGGAGUAUGCUCUGAUCGAGGGCAGUCGCGAGGAUUUGGCGAAUCAGUAUACCCAAAUCUCUACAGCGCUGGCAUCUGAUCAACAGGAGAAUGCGAGCCUGAAGGAGAGAAUUCGCCAGGCUAAUGGCGAAGUUGCCCAACUCAAGCCGGCACUUGACAAGGCCCGUUCUGAGGCUCGUCAGCAGAAAGGCCUAGUCGCCAUUAACAAAAAGCAGUUGGCUACGGUUGAGGGGGAACGGGACAAGAUCCAAGGUGAAAUCGAUGAUCUAUCAAAGGAAACACCGGAAUAUACCGAGGACCCAACACCCGUCAGCAGUGCGGCCGAACUCGCUAGCCCUGCUGCUUCUACUACCAGCCAGAACACGAACCCUUUCUUCAGGCGAACUGCGACGGGAAGCUCAAGUGAACGUGCUCGCUCACCUGAAGCUUCCAAUGACCAGCAAAAGGUAUUUGACAGCCUUUUUGGACAGACUAUUGCAACCCCGACCAGUGCUGGCCCGCCGCCUACCUCCUUCCGGUCAGAUUCACCACAGGCGUUUGCUAAGUCGCCUGUUGCGUCUAAUGUCCCAACCCCUUCGGCGUCGCCUGCCCCGGGAUCUUUGCCUGGCGCUUUCCCUGAGCCUCCGCCCCCCACAAUCUCCCGCCAGAUGACCCCCAACAACCUUCCGCUUGCUGAAAGCCAGUCGGUAACAUCAUCUACCGUCGUAUCCCCGCCCGCCAGUCGCUUUGGGGGCCCAGAUACUUCGGGUAUUUAUACACCCUCCCAGGCCACCGCGAGUGAAGUUGGUGCCGCAUCGCUAGCGGAUUCCAGCGAUUAUAGCCGAGAACCAACCGCAGCCGCUGGAGGUACCCCGAUGAGAUCGCCAUUUGAUGAGGUACCACCGGCCACUGAGUUCUCUGCAACUGCGGCUGAACCCUCUACCACUGCUCCAACCGGCGCUGAGAGCGCAGAACAGCCUAAGGAUAUGUCAUUCGACGAACUGUUUGGCAACAAGGCUCAUAAGCGCUCUGAAUCCCAGAAGGAGAACGAUUUUGACGAGGCUUUCGCAUCUAUGAAGCCAGCAGAUGCCACUGGAUCGGUGGGUGGGCCAGCUACUGCUGCUGCUGCAACUGCAGGCUCUGAGUUCCCUCCUAUCGAAGAGUUCCAUGAUGAUGAGGACGAUAGCUCGGACGAUGACGGCCCCUUGGGGUUUGAUGACAACUUCACUCCUGUUUCACCCACUGGUACCAAGAAGGAGCAACGAGUGGACUCUAUUGAUGCUGCUCAGCUUGCUGCUUUCCCUACCCCAGGAACUGUUGCUUCAUCGGGCCAGCCCCCGGCUGCAGAGUCUGAACCCGCUCCUCCCCAGUAUGAAGCUUCUCCAAAUGAAGGCGGCAGCCAUGUACCUCCUGAGUUCAGUGACUUAUUACCUGACCGUGCGGAUCCCACUGCCGCACCCGAUGCGCCUCACUCUGUCGAGACUACCACUGGUGCACCGGUGAUUAACAACGAACCUCAGCUGGAGCAAGCUACCCCUGCCAGUGCCGCAAAGCAAACUGCACCUGACUUUGACGCGGCCUUUGCCGGUCUCAACUUGGCCCCCGCUCAAGAAGCGGAGGAUGAUGACGAUGAGCCUGCUAGUCAAGCCAAGGGUCAGUCAGACUUCGACUUCUCUUUCGAUUCUCCGUCCCAGAAGCAGCACGAAGCCGCAUCAAGCACAGAUGCGGGUCACAACAACUCGUCCGAUUUCUUUUCCUUUGACAAUAAUGUCCACGCGGCGACUGCACAGCCUACUGAUUCUGCCAACGGAGGAGCGUCGAAUUCCUCGGACCCCGACUGGGACAAAAUCUUCGCGCCUCUUGAUAAUUCAAAGCCCGCAGGAGAUGAGAAGGCCAACGGAUUCGAUUCCAAAGAACCUGGCUGGGCCCUUGACAAUGAUACCGGCGAGGAUGAUCUCAUUCUGCAGCGGUUGACUGGUAUGGGGUUCCCUCGGGAAGAUUCCCUGACCGCAUUGGAGAAAUUUGACUAUAAUCUUGACAAGGCGGCCGACUACUUGACCUCCAAGACCUAA